AUGUCGCAGAGCAGAUACCUCAAAAUAACAUUCACCUUUAAAUUAUCCGGGGUACCGGGCCCUGGUGUCCCUUUGACGGGUGCAGUAACCGCAGCGGAUGUCCACACGGAUGACACACAGCUUCUCUGUGGUCCUGGUAGAUAUAUCGUAUUUGACGUGUCUCUACAAUUAUCAAAUGACCACAUAGAAAACAUACAACUGGGAUCCAUUCCAUCCGCAUUGGCGGGUAGUUUAAGCCAGUCCUACAAUAUCACUGAUGAUCCGUGUGCGCCAUAUGAUCCACCUGUGCCAGACUUCAGGGGCCCUGGUAGAAGGCUUAGCGACGUGAAAUGUUACGAGUACAUCUGGCAAGUAAAAAUACGGGAUAUAAAAGAAAAAAGGUUUAAAAAAUGUAGUGAAAUUCGUCCUGUCCCUGGUAUCACGGGUGGGCGCCUAACCAAACGUGGUGAAUUUCCAAACAUGGGUGCCAUAGGUUGGAAGCUAUUUAUCGGAACAUGGAGGUUCAUGUGUGGCGGUACAUUGAUAAGUCCGAACUUCGUACUGACGGCUGCUCAUUGCUCACGUGCAUCAUCUUUGGAUACUACCAUUGCUGAUACAGUGCCCAAGAUCGUACGACUGGGAUCAAGGUUCAUUACGGAUCAUGACUUACAUGGUAUCGCAGCUUACGAUGUGAACAUUGUUAACAUAAUUGUUCACCCCCAAUAUAAGUCACCGAAGCAAUACUUUGACAUCGCUUUAAUGGAAGUGGACCAAAAAGUCUAUUUUUCACGAGAUGUCCAACCUGCUUGCUUGUGGACCAAACCUGAUAUUGGCACGUUCAGUAAGACUGCUGAGGUUACUGGCUGGGGAGUCAUCGAAUCAGGAAGCCUGAGAACAUCUCCUGAUCUUUUGGCUGCAGAAGUAGACUUCAUAGAUUCGAAUACUUGUGAUGGUCUUCUGAAAAGAUCUUGCAACAGAAAUUGGUGUGGGCUCAAAGAACAUCAGCUUUGUGCUGGCAAAUUAAAUGGUGGAAAGGAUGCCUGUCAGGGUGAUUCAGGAGGACCACUCCAAGUUAACAUUCCUCUUCCAAUAAAGACUCAAGGCAAUAUGAACUACGUAGUCGUGUCUUCGUUUGGACAAACAACAUCUACAUCAGAAAGCUCUGAGCCACCGGCUAGUGAAAAUGUAGCAAUCGAUGAAGCUAGUCAACAGCCUGUACCUCCACUUCUAAAUGCUUUAACACCCGAUGAACCUAAAUCUGAAUCUACUGCAGCAUCUUCAACAACUUCCAGUUCGUCCACUGGAUCAACUGUAUCGCCAUCCUCCACUACAGCUACGUUAACUUCACCAAUGUUAUCAUUGUUAUUAAAUAGGUUUUCAGUUUCUUCAACCACAACCUCUGUACCGCCUCUCCCGAUAGCUACCCCUACUGCGUCACCCACUUCUCGGAAAUUUCCAAUAUCACACACUACAACGCCAAGGCCAAAUGUUACACCAGCCCGCCAUAUUGCUCCAAUACCUCAUCAAUAUACUUUCCUAAGUGGUCCUGUAGUUCCCGUACCUGCCUGUACCCCUUUCGUUCCACCACCUAAACCAGACUUCAGCGCGCCUGGUAGAAGAGUCAGUGAAAUGAGUUUCGAAAUAAGGUCUAGAGGUAUGGCCCCUUAUGUUGUAGGAGGUCACUUUACAUUCGAGGGGGACUAUCCGAACAUGGUUGACGACAGAUUUGAUGCAGCUAUCAUUGAGAUUAUCAACCAUCCAAAGUAUACAGCUCCUAAGCAGUAUUUUGAUAUCGCAGUUAUGAAACUUGGAGAAGAGAUUGUGUUUAACAUGAACAUACAACCAGCUUGCUUGUGGACCAAGGACAGUAUCACCAGGUAUGGUGAUCAAGCCCAAGUUACUGGAUGGGGUGUUAUAGAGUCAGGUACUCUAAAGACAUCACCAGAACUCCAAGCAGCUACUGUGGACAUAAUUGACUUCCAUAAAUGUAACAAGCUACUGGCGAGGUCUUGCAACAGGAAUUGGUGUGGCCUACAACCUGAUCAGCUAUGUGCUGGUAAAAUGGGAGGAGGUGUUGAUGCUUGCCAGGUAGCCUAA